CAGAGCCUCUGGGAAGCAGAGGCAAACAUGGAGAGACUGAGGCGGCAGGCUGCCCGGACCCACGUCCCCCGGGUGUCCCUGGAGACAGAAUUCCCCCCACCGCUGAUCAGUGAUGAUUACCUGUCCCUGGAGGGCCCCCGCUGGACCCCAGCCAUCAAGCAGGCGACGCGGUGGAAGUACACUCCCCUGGGCCGGGAUGCAGCCGGCCAGGUGUGGUACACUGGCAUGACCAACUCAGGGCCCCGAGAGGCCUGGCACACGAUGCCCCAGGCGCUGGACAGCCCCCGGCGCCCUGCGUACCUGCACUGGCACGGAUGCCACAGCUUCCGGGAACAGGGCUUGCCCUCGGCCUACACCCAGCACCUCCGGGAGUCCUCUUGGUACGACCCCACCAUCCCCACCCAGUACAACACCCCCCGGACAAGGUGGGGGAACCUGCUGUGGGAAGACAGACCUAUCAGGGGAAAGGAGUACGUGGUCAACAGGCACAGGUUCGGAGUGGAACCGCUAUCUCGGGCAUCCCAGUACGUGCCUUACCUGUCUGCGCCCCAGCGCCCACGGUACACGACCCAGAACUACCGACACUGGAACCUUGAGCCCUACUAACCCCUCAUCCAACCAGCGGCCGCCGCCUGUCUACACACCCACGUACUGAUAAAGACCAUGCUGCCCA